AUGUAAAUGUUAAUAAAAUAAGAAUUAUUUAAGUAGAAAUAAUAAAUAAGAAAAACACUCUCGAAUGGUUCAACUUUGUAAACUUCUGAAUUGCCUGAAUAUUUAGGAAUCUAAACAAUUGUAGAAGAAAAUGACGAAUAGGCAAAAUCAUAUUGUAAAUAACCAUCUCCAUCCUAUAAUCAUUAUCAUAAUCUUACAAAAUAAGUAAUGAAUUUAAUGAAAAAUGCUCAUUAAUAAUUAUCUCCAUCAAUUGGUAAAAAAAAAUUAGAAAUUAAUUUAAGAGAAACAAUAGAUUUUAAUCAGUUUAAAAGAUUGAUGAAAGCUAUUUAUUAACCAAAAAAAUCAAGCAAAGAAUUAUAGUUUAUUAAAAAAAGGACUUAUUCUGAAAAAAUUGUUUAAAAAUAAACUUAAUGA